UGCGCUUUGAUGACUUGAUUGCCCAAAACGCAGCAUAAGUGGAUAUAAUCCGAUCAUAAUGGAGCAGCGACUUUUUCGACCGGUCUUUGAGGAUAUCGACCGUGGUCGACCAGGCUCGGCCUUAAGUCAGCUACAAACGCUCACCAAAAAGACCCCAAAGAUAGCCACCAACCCCACCUUUCAAGCUUUGAAAUGCCUCUGUCAUCAGCGUCUCGGCGAAGACGAUCAGGCGAUAGAAGUCUUCGAGACACUACUCAAAGAUGACCAGGAGAAGAAGAUACCUACCGGAAGCGGCAGCAAGGGCAAAGCAGCUGCUCGAGGCAAAGGCGGAAGACAGGCUUUAUUGAAGAAGAUCCAAAAAGUUCAGACAGCUGAGCCGACUGAAGGCGAGGAAGUGGAAGAUAAACAAACCGAGGCUGCGGACGGCGCCGCGGCAGCUCCGCCGACUCGGGUAUUCGAUGAUGGCGUGAUCAACGUUCUCCAAUUCGCUCUUCAAGGACUCGGAAAAUACCAGGAGCUACGCAAGAUAUAUCUCGAUGCCUGGAAUGCAGACAACCAGAAGGAUUUGGAAAAAGGAGCUCAGGCUUUCCUGUGCAGUCUCCGCUCACGAGACUGGAGUGGCAUGCAAGAUCACAGCCAGGACCCGAAAAUGGCUCACUGGGCUGCAAUGUCGCUCUAUCUUCAAGCUACCGACCGCAAAACCCCUAGCAAAAGCAAACCAUUGUUACUCUCAUUGGCUUACUCUCUCUUGACAUCCUCGCCCGCCAAUCCAUACCGGACCCCAGAUGUCUUCAUCCUUUGGGUACGAAUCUGUCGAGCUGCUGGACAAACGCGUAGAGCGCUACCCUCCAUCACGGAAGGCCCUGGGGUCAAAAAUGGCUCUGCACUGGAAAAGGAAGCCCUGGAGGCUCUUACGCCUGAUUUGAGGAAAGCCGAGAAAGACGUCGAAUUCGAAGCAGGUUGGUGGACAGCCGUCGCUGGCGAUUUGCGUAUCAAGUGGGAACGGUGGGAAUUGGUGGGAGAGAUUGCUGAACGGCUCAUCGAAGGCGCCGAGGUCAAGCAGUCUAGCGGGCCAGAAGACGCUCAAGACGUGGACGAGCAGGACGUCCCUGAUGCCGAUGAAACCGAUGUACAGGGAACGAUACAGGGACAACAGGAAGUUUCAUGGGCACAGGACUGGGAUUGGGAAAAGGAAUGGGAGCGAGGCGACGACCAAAUCCGGGGUGCAGCCGACUUGCCGGAGACCAAUUACAAAGCGUACAUAACGCACCUUUCGGUUCUUUUCCUCUUGCUGUCCAAACCCGAACUCAUCAAGGAUUCCGCAAAAUCCCCAGCGACCUAUCUCGCGGAAACACAACGAACUCUGCUUGACUUGGCUUCGCAGUCCGCAUUCGUCAAGAAGGAACGCGCCCCCUUGAUGGCUCUGCUCGCUAUCAAUAAAAAGCUUGAUACACUUGGGCUCUCGGUUGACAGCGAGGGAUCAGGCGAGACAGCCACUAUCAAGGUGCUAUCGAGGUAUCUCGAGGAAUUUGGCCACAAGGGAUGCGUACGGGAUGACCUUCUUCCUUAUUUGCAAGGCCGAGAGGGAUGCAUUGAACCGGCUAUCAGAAGUAUACUUGAAGCCAUGGUAACCGAAACAACAUCCGAAUACAAGAGCUAUAUGCGUAAUCUUAACGCUCGCAAGUUGCUGCGACGUGCUUUGCCCCUGAGUGACAGGGACGCGGAGAUCGAGGCCGGGAAAGUCUUUCUUAUGCAGUACUUUGCAGGGGCAGCAUAUGGCAAAGACCUUCCUGUGACCGAUGUCCGACCUGCAGAUGACUACGCCCUGAUGGCGGCUCAAGCAUGGAUCAACGCCUGGCGACUGGACAAGGACGCAAAAGAUGCUAGAGCCUACCUUGUGUUGGCGAUAGUCGCCCUGGAACGAAAUCUCAGGGAUAGCCCUGCCAACGGACAAGCACGAAUGCUAUUGAUAAGGCUGUAUCGAUUGAUCGGGGCACCAUCCUUGAUCGUCGAGCAUAUCGCACCUCUGAAAAUGCGGACAUUCCAGCAAGAUACCGCUUUGCACUUUGUUACCGAGAGGUCAACGCCGGACUACGUCGCUGGUGGAGAGAAGACUAGGACGGCGCUGGCUAGCCUGCUUCUGCAGUGCAAACAAGUAUAUGAAAAGACUCAGGGCGAUGUAGGCGAGACCAGCGUUGCCGGCUUCACCGAAGAGGCUUACUCGCAGGUUCCCUCAAUGCUCGAGCUCGGUGACAAAUUCCAGCAUUCCCAUCAGCGCCAACUGACAGAGCUCGAGUUGGUUCGACAUUCUGCUAUGCGGGAUUCGAGCGAGCUUCUCGGAGCCGACAGAUCGGUGGCCAUUCAGAACUUGUCACUCUACGCCGAGGACACCGCCGUCGAUGUCAGAGACUGGGACCUCUUUCCGGAUUUCGGAACUGCUCACGAUGAAGGUCUUAUUCAGCAGACCCAGCUGGGCAAGCUGUCUACACCUUCUACUGUUCGAGCAGGCGCCGAUCUAUGGACGUUAAUUCUUGACCCAGCCUCUGAACGAAGAUUGGAAAUCAGUGUCGAUAGUGAAAACACCACGGAUAGGAUCAUGUUCGACAUCGGUCAGGCCAUAGGACACUUCGCAAGAGCUUGUCGCGUAGGAGAGUCGACCGAUCCCACCAGUAUCUGCGAGCGAUUGAAGGACUUGGCGCAGCUAGUUCCUGGGGAGCAAGGCAGGCAAUCAAUGGAAAGGGCGGCAACCCUUAUGGAGUGCUAUGCCAUGUUGGAAAUAGCACUGACGCCCUACAAAGUCAAAGCAGGCAAGAAGGGCAAAGGAGCUGCCCCUUCCACAGUACCUCAGCCCAAGCGGUCAGAACCGUCUUUGUAUCGGCUCAAGACAUCAUCCGAGAUUUCGCCGCCAACUUCAAGAAUACGGAGGCUACUGACAUUCUGGUGGGACAGAAUCACGUCGUUGAUCUUGUUAAAGCUUUAGGAUUGGCCGAGGCUGUGAGUGACGAGGCUACUUGCGCUCGUCCAGUUGAGUUAACUCGA